CCCUCUCUCAGCAGCAGCUCUUGCGCUUCGUUGCCGGGCGGGUGCGUGUGGCUGCUGGCGGCUCGAACCUGAGAGACACACAUGGACAAAGACACACAAAGAGGUGUGAGGGCCCGUCCACUCGGCUCGUUCUCGUGUGGUGGUCGAGUCACUUACCAGCUGCUCUUGGCGCACUCGUCCAGCGUGGGGCAGUUGGUGGGGUCGGCCUCGGUCAUCUGCGUCAGCAAUGCUAUGCACUCCGGGGAGAGAUCCCGGCGGCCAAAGACGGGCUGAGGUGACACCAACACACAUAGACCCACACAGAGCCCAUUCACGUGGCCACAGGGGGAAUGUUUGCAUCACUCCAGCUUACCGGCGCGUAUGACGAUGUGUCAGAUAUGUUCUCGUGGCCCCAGCACAACAACUGCCGCAUCAGACGCCUGCAAGCAGACGACACGAGCCACAUGGACACAAUGGCGCCACCAUUCAGUCUGUCCAUGUGGCGUGCAAGUCGGCUGACCCUAUGGCAUGUACGGCGGCCUUCUCGGCGUCGAACACACCGUGGGGCACGAAUGUCUGCACACGCAAGACAACACACACGUCCGGUGCGAAUGGGCGUGUUGAUGUGCCUUGCACCCGGCCGUGUGGGUACCUCGGGGGCAUGGAUAAAGAGGGAGCCGACGAUGCUGGCCUUGUUGCGGACGGUCGUGUUGCCCUGUGUGCACAUCAGACACAUAGAGAGAUGUGAGCCGAUGGGGUCAGCUGGGGUAUUGCGUGUGUGUGUGUGUGUGUGUGUACCUGGGAGGGGUCGAACAGUAGCGCAUUGCCGAAGUCUAUCAUCUUCAGGUCCUGGCUAUCCGCCCUCUCAAACAUAAUGUUGUUGGCAUGGUAAUCCCUGCAGCAGACAGAGGCGAUACAAAUGGCGACAAAGAUGCCGAAUGAGCCGGACCAGGUGCGCCUGUGCAGCGGCUGUCUGCACCCACGUGUGUGUGCUGGGUACCCGUGGUAUACUCCCCGCGCUAUGAGGCCCUUGUUGGCCGUGAUGAGCUGGCUGGCCCAUUCCCUGGCGAGGGACUCGGACACCGCGCUGCGGCCAUAGUUGUCGACGUAGAUGGCCGUCGGGCAACCGCACCGGGUGUACAGCGAGCCUUCCGCCAGGUACUCCAGCUCGAAGAAGGAUGCCCCUUCCAUAUGGUACACCUGCAUCCAGGCAGAUGCCAACCACACACGCCCCACGCCAUGGUAUACCAUCUCCUUUUCUGUGCCCUCCCUGUGCAUGCAUGUGUCAGUGCAGCCAUGUGCUUACCCCCUUCAGCUGCAAGACCUUCUUCAGCCCCUGCAGCCGCCCCAGCACCAUCAUCUCCCCAUGCACCACGUCGAACUUGUUCAUGAAGAGAACCCGCCCCAGCUGGUCAAGGCCGUACCGCACCUUGUUCGCCACCUUGCGCAGCGCGCACACCCUCCCCGUAUCGCGGCGGCUGGCGCGAAACGCCGCGCCCUCGCUGCCCUCUCCCAGCAGGCCGUCGUUGGUGAAGAAUGGCUUUGGGAAGCAUGGUCCGCUGCCCAGGGGGCUAUCCCGCUGCACAUAGUGCACGGGGAUCGGGGAGGGGUGCUGCACUGGUGGCGGUGCGUGGUGGCGGCACACGGGCCAAAGAUGGCCCGGCGAAGCUUCUCGAGCAGCAGCAUCUCUCCGGAGACCCGAAACGGUGGAAAAAUCUGACAAAAUCAAUCCAUUAGAAUCAAUGUAGGGUUUGUGGGGUUUAGGGUGUCUCGUCGAGAAAACCGAUUCUCGCCGCCUUCCUCGCCAGCCCGUCCAU